AUGGCGCCUCCGCUCUCGCGUCCACCGGGCGCUCGCCUCGACUCCUGGCGGCGCCCGAGACGACGGAAACUUUUGUCUCAUUUCACUCUUGGCCGGUGCUGUGUUUCUCCCCGCCAAGUCUCUUCUCUCGUUCGCCCGGAACGAACACUUGAAUCGAACGAGCGUCUUCUGCUUUCGGAGAAGCAACGACUGCCUAUCCCCUCCAAGCCUCUCCUGGAGACGCCCCCUGGAUGCAGGACGGAGGAAGGCUCGCCCGAAAGUGACAAACCCCCAAACGGAGCUCAGCCUCGCGUCCCUGGUCGCGAACGUUACUCGCCAUUUCCUUUCUCUCCGGUUGCCGUGCCGCCAUCGACUUGGCCUGAACAGCUGCAAUCGUCUUCUCCCGCCUCCGUGUGUCCGUGGCCUCGCGGUUGUGGUCUCACUUUGCGCGUUCUAAACAGUACGGUACCUUCUGCCUCCCCACCGCCGUCGCGCGGUCUCGGUCACCAGGUCUACAGGUUGCUUUCGUCUUUCGCUUCUCCGUCCUCUUCUUCUGAUCUUCCUCCCUCCGCACCCGCUCUCCCCUUCGCCAACCGCCGAGUUGUCGGGUCUUCUCGCUCUUCGCGGCUCGGGGAUUCUCGGUCUUCCUCGUCUCCCCUCUCAUCACCCCUCCUCGCAUCGGCGUCGCCGUGUCCCUGCUUUGCCUCCUCUUCCUGCAUCCCUUCUCCCGGCUUCUUCUCUCGCGCCUUCGCAAGGCUGAGAGCGAGGCACCGCUCGCCCACGCGCUCGCCACGGCCGCCUCUCGAAACAGAGGAAGAAGCGCGCCAACUUGUAGGCGCAGAAGGAGACGCGCGCGGCGGAGACAGGGCGGAAGGGACAGAGACAGAAGGCGAAGGCGGCGUGCGCCGACCGAAAGAGGAAGCGGAAGAGGGGGAAGGGGGACAGGGAGGAGAGCAGCAAAAGCCGCCACGCUGGAGUGGAGCGGAAGGCGAUGAGGGAAGAGGCGUGAAGCGACUCCCCCGCAGCCGAAAGCAUGCCCCCGACGAUGCGUUCGCAUCGCUGCCGUCCUUGUGUCCUGAGUCCCCACGACUCCAAGGCAAAACGAAAAAGAAGGGGAACCCGUCUGCUGCCUCUUCCUUCCAGGUCAAGUGGAGUGCCAAGGCGGUUCUGGAAGCUCACAACGUCCUGUCCUCUGGUUCCACAGGGACAGAGGCGAACUCAGAAGGAAAGAACGGGAAGGCAAAGCAAAAAGAAAGCGUCGCCAACACUCUAGGUGUGCGACGCGCGCGUCUCCUUCCCGCGAGCGCAUGUCACGGAGGCGCGCGCCGGCGAGAGAAGCUCGUCACGGGCCAUCCUUGGGUCUUUCAUCACGAGCUUGCAAACCUGCAUGAACUGCGAGACGUCCGCACGGGCACACUCGUCGAGGUUGUCGACGAGGACGGCGCCGUCGUCGGUGUUGGGAUCCUGAAUCGCUUGGCCUCCAUCUCAGUUCGGCUCCUGCGUCACGCCCGCGGCCGCGUGACGCCCCUGGGUGACCCUGAGCAGUCCCGUCUCUCAGGGGCAACUCAGGCCUCUCCCGACACCCCAGACACAACCUCAUCUUUCGCCAUCCUUUCGGCGCCCUCUGACUCCUCGUCUGUCGCGCCGUCUUCCUCGACUUCCGCGUCUUCUUUGCCUGCUGGCAAGACGCCGCAUAGCUUCAGUCUGCUUGUGCCGACUCCACUUUUGCCUUGCCCGGUCGACGAGGUCGCGUCGCGCCUGCGUCGGGCGCUUCAUCGCCGGCGUGCCCUGGGCCUCAGCGAAGCUGCGCUUCUCAGGCCUUCCGCUUCGCCUCCGGCGCCUGUCUCCGCGGCCUCUCAGUCUUCGCGCGACCGUUUCUCUCCCUCUGUUCUCCGGGCGCUGAAGGCCUCAUCACGGGCGCGUACUCGGAGCCAAGAGAGCGAGCGCGCGACAGACGGCGGGAACGGCAUGUCGGUCGAGCGUGCAUCUGCCUUGCGCAGGGCCCUCUUCUACCGCGCAGUCUCCGGCGAGGCGGACGGCGUCCCGGGCGUUGAAGUGGACGUUUUUGAGACCCAGCCAGUAGACGGCGCAGCCGCACAGACCGUCCAACUGGUGCGCCUGCUCUCGGUGUCGGCUCGGCCGCUUUUGCCGCUCGUAGUCGACGCUCUCCAGGCGCUUCCUCCCGCAAGCUGUCUCGCAGUGCAGAGCCUCCACUCGCACAAAGAGAAACUUGCACAGGGCGGAGCGGAGUUUGUAACGGAGCUCGUCAAGGGAGACGAUCCUAGCGUCUGGUUCGAGCCUCUCGGCCUCCCCGUGCGCCCACAGCUCGCCACUAACCUUCUCCUCCCCCCCUUUGCGGCGUAUUCCCCUUCUUGCCAACAUCUCCAGCGCCUGUGUUUCCUUUUGACCGAGGCUCUCGCGUCCCAGUUUGAAGGCCCGCUGAGCCUCUUGAGCGUCCGCGCGGGACCGCGCGCCGUCGCCAUCGUUGCGGCUCUGUCUCGGGAAGACAUGCGCGAGACACCGAAGGGCGCGGCGUGUGUUCCGAAGGCAGACCACAUGGGAAGAAAUCAAGAGCGAGAGCUGAAGGGCUGGAAAACCGAGAGCAUCGUCAUGGUGGAAGAGGCGGAGACGCUCGCCAAACUGGCCGAAGAGACAGCAAGACGAAACGGACUUGCUGAGAAAGCUGCGGUCGUCUUUCGCCUCGACGUCGACGUAGAGCUGGAGAAAAUGGCCAGGAGCCAUCUCCAGUUCCAUCUGGCUUACCUCAACUUCCCUCCGGUCAUCAAUCCAUGCCCAACGCAGCGUCAUGGCCAGUUCGGGUCCGGAUACCGGCCGUCCUUUCGAGGUGUUUGUCGCGCGCUGCGCACCAGUCUGGAUUUGCUCCACCCCCAGGGCAUUCUCGUCUAUUCCGUGCUUCUCCCCAAAGAGGAGAACCGGGACGUGGGAUUCGACUUGCUGCGCUCAGCAGCGCAUGCAGCUGGAAAGAAGGCGGUGCUGCUGGGCGCCUGGGGUGCCAACUUUGACCAGCGAUGCCUCCUCAGUCAAGACGAUUUGUGGUACGAGCACGUCUACGCGGUGCGGGUUCAGUAA